UGGUAAUCUAGCUAGCACGCAAAUAAAACUAGGUAACGUUUUUACCGGCUAUAUUAACGUUUCAAUUACAUUGCUAUAGCAAAUUCGUCUACUUUAAAUAAGAAAGAAGACAUAACGCCCGGUAAGUAAUGUUAGCAAGUUAACGUAAGCUAGCUAUGCUAACUAACGUUAACUUCUUAAUUGUGGCUAUCUAGUUAGCUAGCUUACGUAAACUAGGCAAGUUGUAGUCAACAAUUAUGAUAACAUAUGAAAUGGCAAUAAGUAUCAUUGCUGUAACUAACUAGGUUACGUUAGUUCAGCCAGCAAGCCAUAGUUAUUUUUAGUAGCUAAACUGUGCAGUUGUGAUUUGCAUAUUAAUUUUGAUAGUUUGGAGGCGCAUGCACCUUCUACUAGUAGAUUGAUUGUCGACCAAAGGCUAGUAAUGUGAUCAACUCUCCUUUUUAUGCUUCCAGGAUCAGGAUGAACGCGUCAGCUGAGGGAAGGACCCUCCUCUCAACUAUGUUACCAGGGAAAAAACCUAUGCCCUCGAAGGCUGCUAAACAUAACUCACUAACAGUGGCAUCGAAGAUAAAGACCAAGAUUCUCAGUAAGUAGCAUACAGCUGUCAUCACUAAAUUGAUGUAAAAGGUGGAUUCCCUUUUAAUUUGUAAUAGCCUGUUGUUGGUUAAUGACAGGUCACUUGGUAAGUCAUACUGCAUUAUCAUAUGUUUAUUUAGAUUUUCUGCUUGAUGUAUUUUCUAGACACAUCCUCGUUCUUCAAGGUCUCCCUGAAGACUAACAACAAGGCUCUGGCACUGGCCUUGGUGGCUCAGAGGGAGAGAAGCAGACAACUUGAAGUGGAAACUGUGUGCCUACGGAAACAAGUGGAGUCUCUGAAUUUUGACCUGGCUAUUCGCAGAUUCAAGCACAACCAACUGGUGGGUUAGAGAGGGAUAAGACAUAGUGUGAUCUAAAUUUGGCACCUAACCGGGUCAUAUUUAGAGAUGCUAUUUGUAACAAUAAUGAUCCAUUUUCUCACAGACUUCAGUGUUAGUUUAUGACAUAAAAGCAUGGGAGUUGUUGACAGGUGAUAAUGCAAAUAAUAAUUUAUUCAACUUCUAUAGUGCUAUUCAUUACAUAAAUGAAUCUCUAAGCGCUUUAAAGCAAAAACAAAAAACAAGCAAUUUAAAAACAACAUCCUUUUACAGAUUCUCAUCUUGAAAGACCUUCAACGCAACACUUUGGAUAACUUGGAAAGGGCUGUGGGCCUCUUCUCUGAUGAAAAUGUAAGUCCCCUUCCAGUAUGUCCUCUGAUUCUAUGGUAUCAGAUAAGUAUAAGUAGCCUAUGUCACGGUUUACAAUGCUAAACAGGGCUCUAUGCUGUGCCAGUAUAAAAAAAAUAAAAAGGGAUUCACUAACUGUAAGUCGCUCUGGAUAAGAGCGUCUGCUAAAUGACGUAAAAUGUAAAUGUAAAAGUAGAAGAAAAGUCAAGUAUGAGCACAUGCGAGUUGUGAUUUAUAGCUAAAGAAAUUGCUGCCGUAGCUAUUUUCAAAUGUAUUUCUGCCGUUUUUGUUUGAUAACUGGUAGCUAAUCACACAAAUAACUAUGUAGAGUCCUAUCUCACCUCGUGCGACAGCAACAGUUUCUGCUCAUACAGUAAUAUCUGGGAAGCAGCAACAGUGCCUGGGACUCUGUGCGCAUUGUGAGUGUAGUGCUGAAAUAUUAUUUUUUUGAAGCACACAGGCAUAAAGUUGGUUGAAUUUACCCAAAAGUCUACUAAAGUGUGACUUUGUUCUCGUGUUUCUUGGCUAUUUACAUCGUUUUGUUCAGACGCUAGCUUGUUUUUCAAUGUUAGUUUGAGCUUUCUCAACUGUUAGUGAAGGGACAUUGGAGAAUCUCAUUUUGAGUGGGAGUCCCACCAUUAUCAGGUAAUGGCUCACGCCCCUUAAAGGGGCAGCUGAUGGUGAGUCAAAUAUGUGAGGGUACAUUGUACUUGAUUGAACAUGGAACCUUUUAUUCAUGCACUUUUAGUUAUUUCUUAUGAUAAAAACACAUUUCUUAUUCCUCAAAUACCUUCAUUGUGCUCCUAAUUUUCUUUGUGUGCUUCAACAUUUUUCAACUUAGGAGCACGUGCUCCUAGUGUCAUCGUAGAGCCCUGCUAAAUUGUUUUUCUUUCUGAAGAAGGAUGCCCCUGAAGUACCUGAAGACCGUAAUAAGCGACCCCCCGAUAAAGAAGAUGAAAAUAAUCAGAUUGAGAGGUAAUAAUGAGACUCCUAUUAAUAUUUACAGUUACAGCAAUACUGUCUUAUGGUCAAUUAUUUCUGUUCACACAUUUCCCCCCCUUAUUUAUUUUCAUUCUAGGGUAGCGGUUCAGAUACCUCUUGUCAUAGCAGAGCAGUCCAGGGAUUUGGUGUGUCCCUCAAAACAGACCAGCACGAGCCAGGAGGUUGUAGUAAAUGACAGAAGAACCACAUCCACAAAUCCCUCUGGGACCCAAAGUAGAUCAUCAGAGUCCAGUGCCAGUAAAGGUAAGGGGGCUGGAACAUGGAGAAUUCAGAACUACCCCACAUUUUGGUAUGCAUGACCUUUUCAGCAUUAGGUUGGUUAUUGAUUAGGUCAGUAACUCACAUGUAUUCUUAUCUUACAGACAGCAUGAAUAAGAUGGAGCUACAGGUGGACAAUACAUUGAAAUCGACCCAAAAGAGAACAUCCCGACAAUCCAGCAGCCUAAAAAAUGAGGUGGAAAAGUGGUCAAAGAUUUAUUCUGACACUGGACUCGACCCUAUCCCAGCAGUCUUGCCCGCUGUUGUCUCCAUAACUAAUACUAUACAGCCCUCUGGUACUGAUAAAGUUGUGCUUAAUCCAAACAGCUUAAAGAUGGAGACCACAUUGGCGCUUGCAAUGACGACAACUGUCGGAGAAGGAGAGAAGACCACCAUCAAUGACACAGAGAUGGAGAUAACUAUUGGGGACAGCGCUGCUGAAAUCGUUACAGUGGAGACCAAGCCCAAGAAAGCUGGUGGACUGAAGAAACUGAAGGUGCCAAAGACAAAGAUCCCUUGUCUAUUAGUGAAGGUUGGAAAUAAGAACAGUGGCCCAACACGUGUUGUUGAAAAUCUAGAGGUGAAGAGCUCUGCUUUAAACGUGGAGCUGCCGACAGAGAUACAAAAGGCAUUUUCUGCAACGCCACUACAAACAGACAACCCUACAGCGGAGGGUGUGGAUGUAGAACAUAGAGAAGAGGACUUCAUAGAGAACUCAGCCAGAGAGAUAGAAUCCCUUGCUGCCCGCAGGAAGACUCAUGUCACCUCUCGCAUCACCAAACACAGAAAACCUACCAGAGAAUCCCAUAAAACAACACAAGAUGUUCCAAAACAGUUUGACCCAAGAACAACUUUUGUAGUCCCUCUCCAAUCCAAAUCCCAUCGAAAUGUCUCACCUGACCCAUUUGAAGAUGACUUUUUUGAUGACCCUGAAGCUCAGAACUCUGUAUUUAAACUAGACGGGGCAAACCCAUUGGUCAUAGAUGCCACAGAGGACAAAGGGUCUAAAACUAAAGGUCGCAAGACUUUUGUGAUUUCUAAUUUUGUGAUUUCUAAUGAACCUACAUCUAGAAAGAGCCAGAAGAAAUCCAAAGCAAGCAGGAAGACUAAAGCACAGCCUGUCAUGGUGGACCAUGAAUUAGACAUUGAAGCAGAAAAUGAUAUAUUCCUUCUGCCUCAAUCUCUCAUUGAAGAGGAAUGUCAUUCUUCUGAAUGGUGCCCAGCCUAUGUAGACAUGGAUGCCACCCUGCAUGAAUACAGGGAAUCACACAGCUCUUCCAGUGCUUCCGGACCUCGGUCCACUGCACGGAGCAGUAAGAGACCUACCAGAGUGAAAGGCAGAGGGACGUUUGUGGUCUCGGUGAACAGGGACAGCUCCUCAGGGAACAGUACAAUAUUAGACGAUGCUUGGGCAGAAAAGCUGGUGUGCACUCCUACUACAGUGUAUGACUUUGUUGCCGAAGAAGAGUCAGAAACGGUCAGGGAUGAAAGCAUAGAGGAGCACCUGACUGGACCACACCCAGAUCACUGUCUAGCUGCUAGGCGCAAGACUACAGACUCUGUGGUUGAAGAGACUCAUGCCUCCUCUAAACGUCCAUGGCUGGCUACCCAGGAACCUGCAGGGAAUUCAGAGGGCCUAGAAAGCUUAUGUGUUGAGGAAGAAAUGCCCCCAUGGGAGAUCAGUGACCCCAUUUCAGUUGCUGUGGAGCAAAAGCCCAAGAAAGCCAGGAGAGUGGAGACUGCAAAAUCAAGGAUGAAGAAGGAUGCACAGAAGGGUGACUGUCUUGCCCCUGUGAAGGAAAGGAAAAAAAAAAAAAGUAGCAGCAGUAAAGGAGUAGCGCCUGGGGGUGCAGGUUAUCUUUUGUCUAGUGAGACUCUGGAUAGCCAGAGUAGUAUAGGUAUAAGCACUGCAGCACAAAAUGCAGAAGUACAGCCUGUGGCGGAUCCCGAAGUGUUGCAAGUCAUCACACGCUCUGCCACUGAGGAGAGCUGUGAAACUCAUGAACUUUUGUCUUCACUUGAGGUCCUGAGUCCAGACUUCAAAGUCAGCAGCUUCAAGCCCCGGUCCAACCAGGGCCCUAAACCGAGAUGUAGAGGCACUUUUGUCAUACCCAAUAGUUUUAGUGAUUCCACCAGAAACAGGAAGACCUACGUUGUUCCUGACUCCUUGUCUGAGGAUGAUGACACAAACAGCAGGACAUCUAAUGUAUUAUUAUCAACUGUUGAGACCCACACAGAAAUUCCUGACAGUGGUGAGGCAGUAUGUCAGAGCCUGAGGGAGCUGCUCAUGGACGAAAGGCUUCCAUGGGAGUCCUUCAUGGAUGUCAGCUGUUCAAUUGAGACUGGAUUUGACACUCCAGCCUCAAGCCCUAAAAGGGUUGCUUAUUCUGCUCACAAGGUUGCUGUAUAUAAAGAGCCGGUUGAGGUUAUGGCUGAAAGAUCUCCAGGAACAGGUACAAAGCUUUUUAUUGUUGACAGUAUUUUUAUUUUUAUUUGUGUGAGAUGUAGAUAUUCUAAUUGUUAUUUUAUGUAUUACCCACAGUAGCAGAGAGAGCCCUGAAGUCACUAACCAAUACCAACUGGACGGAUAAUGAAGACACAGGACGGACCAGACGACGGGGGGCUGCUGUGAGCUACAAGUUGCCACCCAUCAACUGGUGAGGACUGCCCUGGAAAUGAAACUAAAUCUUUAUUAUAUCAGUAGCUUGCACAGUGAUCAGGUAGGUUUUACUAGUGGUCAGGUUCGUUCUACUAGGCUGUGAUACCAGCACUUGAUUAUUCAAUUGUUGUGUCUUUCUUUUAACAGCAAAAUGAGACGUGGAGAUAAGUUCUCAGACACCAAGUACCUGAGUUCUCCCAUUUUUAAAGAGAAGAAGAAGAAAAAGCAACAACAGAAGAAAACACACAAACCUGACAGUUUGGAGAACCUACAUUCAGUUAAU